ACUGCUUGGUCGGUAACGACCGACCGCAUAAAGGCUUGACAAGGGAAGGGCCGGUGUUGAGCACCAGCAUUCUUGAAACGGUCAAUGAAAUGAAAAGAGAAGAUCUACCAAAUCGACUAAAUCCGGUUUAGUUUAGUGAGUUGAUGGCGUUGAAUCCCACCCAGUGGGCUGCUGCUGCUGUUUCGGACGUUGCCCUGUGCCUCUCGGCCCUUUACGCAGCUUUCCACCUUUUCAAGGAUCACAGGGCUUCAGCAGUGGGCUUAUUCCUGGUUGGCCUCUCUGCAGGUCUGUCCAGCCUGGCUAUCUCCAGCCCAGCUCUGAUUUCCUUGGAGGAAGACCUGGAGUGGGCUGGUGCCGUGUUGGGGCCAGCACUCGUGUCGUUUGAUUUCCUCUGGUUGAGUGAGGAUCGCCUGACGGCCCACGUCGUGCUGAUGUGCUCUGCGCUUCUCCCCAUGCCGCGUGACUGGUUCUCUCAGGAGGGGCUGGUGCUUCUUUCACGCUGCCUUGCGCUGUCCUCGCUCUCCUGCUCCCUCACCGUGAGCCUCUUCACAGGCAAUGGAGCUGGAGCCCUGGCCAGUGUGGCCCUCAGCCUGCCCACCCUGGUAGCCCCAAAAGGGACUCCUGGCUCUCUUGCUUCUCUCGUCACACGUGAGGCUGCACAGGGCCCUUUGACGUGGCUCCUGAAAGGCUUGAUGGCAGUAGGGUGUCUCUCCACAAAACGAGCACUUGGCACAUAUCUGCUGGACUUAAAACAAGUGCAAUAACAUGAAUCUGUCAUAUUAAAUGGACUUGUCCGCUGUGCCUUGCGGAGGUCUCAUAACAGUGCCUUGUGAACUCUUUGCAUGUAACUAAUUGCCUAGUCUAUAAAUGACUGAUGCUAUAGUGAUGGGCUGAAAUCACACAAUGUGCAGUUAUUAAAAUAAGAGCUCCAAGCGAGUCGUGAAGAAGGUGCGAAUGAAAGUGUCAAACAUCCAGUGGAAGUCACAUGGGUCGUCGUGACAGAAAGCCCUGCUCUUACAUAAGGAAUGAAUGCACAGCCUGUGUUGGAGCGCUCCGUGCACAAUGACGUUUGUUGUUCCGAGAAGGGAGACACUAAGGCUGGUUGUUGUAGAAUAAAGCCCUGUGCAACACCUGUACGAAUGACUAAAUCCAGAUAUCUGAUAAUGUCUGCAUUUCUUCUUCAUUUAAAAAUAAAAAUCAAUUUCCGCCCUUAACACUUUUUCAGUUAUGAGGUUUUAUCGUGUUUUGUAAAAAUGCACUGGUGCCAAACCUCUGGCUGACAGUUUAAUAUGCUACCUAAUGGAAGUCUAGGAGAUAUAAACUAGCCGG